CUUUCUUUUGCUCUCUCUGGUCCGCCAUUUGAAGGUUGCGGAGCUCCUGAAACAGAUGCAGGUCCAAUGAAAAAGGUUUCAAUUUGAAAUCAAGCAUUGCUCUUCUGUGGGGCAUGCAAGUAUGAACAAAGAAAACACAAAUGCUGCCAACUUUGAAGCUCCUCUGGCCCGGGUUACACGAGCACGGGCUAAAGCCUUAGGCACAUCUGGUGGGAUGCCCCCAUCCUCAAAACCUUUGCAAGAUCAGAAGCGUGUUCUUCGAGUGAAAUCCAAAAGAUCGGCGUUGGAUGAAAAUGGGGUUUCUGCAUUCGCCACUGCUAGCUUUCAGCAUAAGAGACGGGCAGUACUUAAGGAUGUAACCAACAUCUCAUGUGAAAAUUCAAAAGUCAACAUCAUUGGUGCAACAAAAGUUGAGAAAUCAAGAAGAGAUCUUUCGAAAAAGAACGCAAAGGUGGGCACCAAUGUCUCUGUCAGAACUAUACCUGUUCAAGAGGAUGCAAAAACAAAGUUAGCGGAGGAACUGUCCAAAAUAAAGGUGGCAGAAUCAGAGGAGCUCACUAUGCCAGCGAAUCUUGGGAAACGUGUGCAAGAACCAAACUCUAGACAACAUCUUGUUGUAGAAAAGAUUCAAACCACCAAAAAUAAAGAAGAAGAUAUGGUUUGUGAGAAAUCGAUAGUAACAAAAGAUCUGGACGUUGUAGACAUUGAUUCAAACUUGAAGGAUCCUCAAGCCUGCAGUUUGUAUGCCCCUGAUAUAUAUGAUAAUAUACGCAUUACAGAGCUAGAGCGAAGACCAUCUAUUGAUUACAUGGAAGAGUUGCAGAGCGAUAUCAGUCCAAAUAUGCGCGCGAUUUUGAUUGAUUGGCUUGUUGAGGUUUCUCAAGAGUAUAAGCUGGUUCCAGAUACGCUUUACCUAACAGUGAAUCUGAUUGAUCGUUUUCUCUCACACAAACAUAUUGAAAAACAGAGACUCCAACUACUUGGUGUUACUUGCAUGCUAAUUGCCUCAAAAUAUGAAGAAAUUUGUGCACCGCGAGCAGAAGAAUUUUGCUUCAUCACAGACAAUACCUACACAAGAGUAGAGGUGCUGAAAAUGGAGAGUGAAGUUUUGAAUUUCUUGCACUUUCACUUAUCUGUGCCGACUACAAAAACAUUUCUAAGGAGAUUUGUUCAAGCAGCUCAAUCUUCGUAUGAGGUUUCUUGUAUCGAACUGGAGUUUUUGGCAAAUUAUUUAGCAGAGUUGACUCUUGUUGAUUACAGCUUCUUGAAGUUCUUACCUUCACUCAUAGCUGCCUCUGCCGUGUUUCUCGCCAGAUGGACGCUCAGUCAGUUAGAACACCCAUGGAACUCUACUUUAGAGCACUAUACCAGGUACAAGACGUCGGAGCUGAAAACUACAGUUCUUGCCAUGGAAGAUCUGCAACUAAAUACCAAUGGCUGCCCCCUUAAUGUGAUUCGAGAAAAAUAUACACAGCAGAAGUUCAAGUGUGUGGCGAAUUUAACCUCAAUAAAACCAGUCGGAUCACUAUUCCAAAGAUCAGAGUAGUUAAUUCUCAAAGAAAUUAGUCAAGAUAACUACUGGUUUGGAACAGCUCUUUGGCGUCCGGAACUUCAAAGCUCUGCCGGAUCUCCAAUAAUGAGAAAAUUUUUAACCUUUUCAAUCUAUCUAACUCGACCCUUGUGGCUUGUUGUAACGGCUUCUGGUAGUUUCCAGAUCUUCCCAUUGUAACCUCAUUCUUUUAGAGCAUGACACAUUUUAAGCCAGUAAGCAUAUAUAAAUUCCCUGUGACUGAAUAAUUAAUUCCUUCAAAUAGUUGUGGCUCCUCAGGUCCCAACCAAUAUUUAUGCGCUCAAUUUUGAGUUCGCCAAAUGAUAA